GGUAUCUAUUAAAAGGGGGGCAAAGAUGGCUCACGGAGAGCAGAAAGGAUACGGUGGCCCAAAUUCCGGCUCCCAAAAACGCCAGGCAGGUUAGAGAAUUUUUGGGGACGGCCGGAUUCUGUAGACUAUGGAUUCCAGGGUUUGCUGAGCUGGCAGCCCCAUUGUACCCCCUAACCAAAAACAGCACUCCUUUCGUUUGGGGCGAUAAGGAACAACGGGCUUUUGACCAAAUCAAACGAGCUUUACUUUCAGCUCCAGCCCUAGGACUGCCAGAUGUAGCCAAACCUUUUCAUUUAUAUGUGGCCGAAAAUAAGGGCAUUGCAAAAGGAGUAUUGACUCAGAAAUUGGGUCCCUGGAAUCGCCCAGUUGCUUAUUUGUCAAAAAAAUUGGACCCUGUGGCAUCAGGAUGGCCCACCUGUUUAAAGAUAAUCGCUGCAGUGGCCGUUCUAGUCAAAGAUGCUGACAAACUAACUUUAGGACAAAAUCUAACGAUAACAGCUCCUCAUGCCCUGGAAAAUGUAGUCCGUCAACCACCGGAUAGGUGGCUAACUAAUGCCAGGAUGACUCAUUACCAAACCCUGUUGCUAAACUCAGAUCGCAUCAAGUUUGCUCCAGCCACAGGACUCAAUCCAGCCACCUUGCUACCUGAUCCUGACUUGGAAGGCUCCACCAUCAUACAUGAUUGUCAGGAAGUACUAGCCGCAGCACACGGCAGUAGGCCAGAUCUGAUGGACCUGCCCCUCCCUGAUGCUGAUUUCACCUGGUUCACGGAUGGGAGCAGUUUCCUGGAGGAAGGUAAGCGUCAAACUGGGGCAGCCAUAGUAGACGGAAAACAAGUCAUAUGGGCAGCGGCGCUACCACAAGGGACCUCAGCCCAACGAGCUGAAUUAAUUGCCCUGACGAGGGCAUUAGAGAUGGCAGAGAAUAAAAAAGUAAACAUCUACACAGACAGUAGAUAUGCGUUUGCUACCGCUCAUAUCCACGGUGCCAUUUACCAACAGAGAGGGCUACUAACUUCAGGUGGCAAAGAAAUUAAAAACAAAGACGAAAUCGUGGCUUUGUUGACUGCACUCAUGCUUCCUACUAAAGUCAGUAUCAUCCACUGCUCUGGACAUCAAAAAGGAAAUACCCCAAUAAUUAGGGGAAAUAAUAUGGCUGACCAAGUGGCCCGAGAAAUAGCAUCGGGAGAAGUCAUUUUAGGACUGUCAGAUAAAGUUCCUGAAAAACCAGGCCGCGAUGAAGAAAUCAUCCCGGCCACAACAAAAGGAACUUUGUCCCCUCAGCAAGCAGAAUCCAUGUUACAACAGAUGCACAGAUGGACACAUUUGGGGACUAAAAAGAUGGUAGCCUUGUUACAAAAAGCCGGGUACGAAACCCCUGGAAUGACAAAAUUAGCUGAACAAAUUGUGCAGGAAUGCGUCCCAUGUCAACAGGUAAAUGCUCACAAAGGGAAACUUGAAACUGGAAAGAGACUCAGGGGGGACCGCCCAGGAACUUACUGGGAAGUGGACUUUACCGAAGUGCGUCCUGGAAGGCUACUGGGACUCCAAUUGGUCCAGAAAGAAAUAUGGUCCCAACUCGCCAAGGCCUACCAACCGGGAACACCGGGAGAAACUCAUCCUUUCCAAGUCGGAGACUCCGUAUACGUCCGUCGGCAUCGAACCCAGACGUUGGAACCUCGAUGGAAAGGACCAUACACCGUCCUCCUCACCACCCCAACGGCCAUAAAAGUGGACGGCAUCGCUGCCUGGAUCCAUGCUUCACAUGUGAAGGCUGCACCAGCGACGGCAUCAUCAGGAUGGCGGGCCCAAAGAACCGACAACCCGCUCAAACUCAAGCUUCUACGAAGCUAAGACUUAUAAUUUUGGUUUUACUGCCUUUACUGACUGUAAGUGAUUUUAGCCCUCACCUCCCCCAACGUUUAAAUUGGCAGGUAAUUUCUCAGACUGGAGAUGUAACCUGGUCCAUUAGUCAUACUGCACCCCCCUGGACCUGGUGGCCAGAUCUUUUUCCUGAUGUUUGUAAAUUGGCUAUAGGAGCACCUUAUUGGGAUACAGAAGAUUCUCAUGAUAUGAACACUGCCCCUUCCAAAGUUUCGGAAACUGAUUGGUUUGGGCCGGGUUGCAAAAAUGCAGGCAAAAGAAUGAUGCUUGGUAUCCUCACUUUCUACGUAUGCCCCGGGUUCCACCGCCCUUGAUCUCUGAAUUAUAAAUGUGGUGGAACUGAAAACUUUUAUUGCAAAAGCUGGGGAUGUGAAACUACCGGGGAUACUAAUUGGAAACCCACCUCAACUUGGGAUUUUAUUACUGUAACGGCUAAUUAUUCUCAUAAUGAGGAUACCGGACACCGGAGUAAAUGUUCAGGAUGGUGUCAUCCCCUUAAAAUUUCCUUUAGUAAUCCCGGAAAAAGAGAUAAAAAAUGGAUAAAUGGUCAUUCUUGGGGCGUUAGAUUUUACAUGAGGGGAUAUGAUUUAGGAAUAUUAAUGACCCUUAAGCUAAAGAUUGAGACUCCUGCUCCUAUAUCAAUAGGCCCAAAUCCCAUACUUGGCCCCCCUUUGCUUCCCCCGGCCCCUUCAACUACAUCAACAAAGAAUGAGGCUAAUGAAACCUCUGGAUCCAAAGAACCCACAGUUAAGCCUGGGACUCCUCAGGAUAGGAUGCUUUCUUUGGUGCAGGCAGCCUUUACGGUUCUCAAUGCUACAAACCCAGAGGCUACAAAAUCAUGUUGGCUUUGCUAUGCUGCCCCUCCCCCUUAUUAUGAUGCUAUAGGAUAUAGCUCCAACUAUACUAAUUCUACCUCCUCAGACCAAUGUCGAUGGAAGCAAGAAGGGAACAGUAAAUUAACCCUGUCCUCGGUUUUUGGAAAUGGUACUUGUAUAGGAACACCUCCCCAGUCCCAUAGACACCUUUGUCAUGAUUUUAGCCUCCCUUCAGGCUCAGGAUAUCUUGUACCUCCUCAAGAUGGAUGGUGGACAUGUAACACGGGGCUCACCCCUUAUGUCUCUUUAGAGGUUCUUAAUACUUCAGCUGACUUUUGUGUGUUAGUGCAAUUAGUCCCGAGACUUAUCUACCAUUCAGACUCAUCCUUUUUAGAUGAAUAUGUAGGAAAAACAAAAAACAAAAGAGAACCUGUAACCCUCACAUUGGCUGUCCUUCUAGGACUAGGAAUAUCUGCCGGGAUAGGAACAGGAACCACAGCCCUCAUACAACAACCCCAGUAUUAUGCAAGUUUAAGACAGGCUGUAGACAUCGACCUUCGAGCAUUAGAAAGUUCCAUAACUCAACUAAAGGAAUCACUCACCUCACUUUCAGAAAUGGUGUUGCAGCCUAGAUUUGCUGUUUCUUAAGGAAGGGGGAUUAUGCGCCGCUCUAAAAGAAGAAUGUUGCUUUUAUAUUGAUCAUUCAGGAACCAUUACCAAAACCAUGGAUAAACUAAGGGAACGCUUAGAUAAAAGGCAAAGGGAGAGAGAGAACGAAAAAGGAUGGUUUCAAUCAUGGUUUGAUAAGUCCCCCUGGUUUACCACCUUAAUCUCUACUCUGUUGGGACCUCUUAUUGUUUUAUUGUUGAUUUUAACUUUUGGACCAUGUGUUCUAAAUCGCUUGAUAGCAUUUAUUAGAGAACGUAUCAGUACUGUACAAGUUCUAAUGUUAAGACAACAGUACCAAAGUUUACGAACAGAAGGUUGAGAUUCCAUGAUUGGAAUCAAUAGUCACAAGAAAAAGGGGGGAAUGUGGGACUCGAGGGACAUUGUUCCAGCUAAUG